AUGAAAGAAAGUAAAGAAUUGAAAUCAAAAUAUCCAUCACUUAUUAAAGAAGUACGUGGACAUGGAUUGAUGAUUGGUGUCCAAUUUAAUAAGGAUCCAGCACCAUUGUUACGAUUAGCAAGAGAGAGAGUAGAAGAGGCUAAGCGUGGAAUUGAUAUAUUCAAAGAUGCUCUAAAAGUUUUUGAAAAGGAUCAAUAA